CGGGGCUUAGCAUGCAGCACUUCCUGUCCUGACACUUCUACACUGCACGAUCGGAGAGUGAAAGUAAUGCUUCACACACUUGGAUGUGGAACAUGUGAGAACUACAGGAUAAAGUGUAUAUUUGGAAUAAAGCUCAAGUCUAUUGGUCUUCACUUUGAGGUCACCUGAGUUUUUACAUGACUUGGUCAUGACAAGCCACGCCUGGCUGGAGUCUUCCCUGCAGCGCUCUGCCAGUCUGGGUCUCGAGGUGCUGAAGCGGGCCUCCAGGCGCAGCGUGGACUGGACCAGCACUGGUCCAUCCCAGACCCCGACUACCAUAGAGGAAGACACGCAAAUCCCUGUCAAGAGAUGCCACACAGAGCCAAAUGAUGCCUUUGCGACCCUGGCAGAGCUCAUGGUACAGACAACCAAUCAGUGCAAGAGGUUUUAUGAGUCAGGCUGUUGCACUGACCCAACUGACAAAGAGAGGAAGCACGUGUCCAGGUUCCACACUCGACCAGCUGCUGGGAAGACAACCGCCGCUCUGCCAAACAGGAAACACGGUGAUGUUUCGGGAACAGGUGAAGAUUACCACAUCGAGGUUGCUCCGGGAACGUAUGCCAUCACUGCCUCCAUUCCAGAGUCGCAGCAGCAGACUCAGCUGGUUAGUGUCAGAGCCGGAGAGAGCAUCGACCUCACCUUUAACGUCUGACCAAACCAAACCCUUCACCUGCUUUCACAGAGCUGACCAGCUCUAAUGCUAAGUAUACGCUAAGUAUACGUGUUUUGUUGCCUGGUUAAAUGGAGUUUACAUUCUAUUUUUAUUAUCGGAAAGGUUUCUAUCCUGCAUAAUGAGAAGCCAUAUUUUGUUGCAUUUUAUUUAUUGUAAUGAAAUUAAACCAUCAUGUCAUGCACUUAACAGUAUUUUACCUGCAUCAGUGUAAUCAAAUAAAGUGUUUUUUUAUUCAAA